AUGCUGUUUUCAAUUGCAUUGAUAUCAUCAACAGGUGCAGCUGUUUACAGUCCACGACGAAUUGUAUUACCUGAUGAUGAUGAAAUACAACGAGAAAUGAUAAAUGAUUUGUUGCAAAGAGAAUAUGCUGAGCGAUAUCGAGAAUAUCUAGAAAAAAGUUUAGCAGCAGCUUCAAAGAAUAAUAUGGAUGAUAUUGAGACACAUGCCGAACUACAUCCAUCCAAUAAGCGAGGACAGACAUUUGUUAGAUUUGGUAAAAGAUCACAAAGUUCUGUUCGUUUUGAUAAUUAA